GGAAAAAAGCCCACAGUCCAGUCCCGUCAGACCCAGCCUGGGAGGCUUGUGAGCCGGGCCUUUCGUAAUUGCCCCCUCCCCGCGGCCCCCUCCCCCAGGCCCCCUCCCCGCGGCCCCUCCCCCAGGCCGCCCCCUUCCCCCGCCCGCUCGCUCUCCCUCCCUCCUUCCGUCUCUGAGGCAGCAAUUACGCUUUGGGGAUAAAACGAGGCGCAGAGAGCGGGCUGGGGCAUUCCUCCCCGAGAUGGCGGGUCUGAGAGCUGCAACCCUGCGGCCCGGAGUCCUCCUGCUCCUGCUGGCCAUCGCCCACCCCUCGAAGCCUGGAGGGGUUCCGGGGGCUGUUCCUGGUGGAGUUCCUGGAGGCGUGUUUUACCCAGGUGCUGGUCUCGGAGGUCUGGGAGGAGGAGCUCUGGGGGCUGGAGGCAAACCACCCAAGACUGGGGCUGGACUCCUGGGGGCGUUCGGGCCAGGUGCUGGUGGGCUCGCAGGCGCUGGCCUGGGGGCAGGACUCGGGGCCUUUCCCGCAGGCACCUUCCCGGGGGCUCUGGUGCCCGGAGGAGCGGCGGGAGCUGCUGCGGCCUAUAAGGCAGCCAAGGCUGGGGCUGGGCUGGGCGGUGUCGGCGGCCUCGGUGGUGUCGGUGGUGUCGGUGGCGUGGGUGGCGUCGGCGGCUUAGGAGUGUCUACAGGCGCAGUGGUGCCCGGGGCUGGAGCCGGGGUCGGAGUCGGAGCUGGAGCGAAGCCCGGGAAAGUGCCUGGUGUGGGGCUGCCCGGUGUCUACCCAGGCGGAGUGCUCCCAGGCACAGGAGCUCGGUUCCCGGGUGUCGGGGUGCUCCCUGGGGUUCCCACUGGAACUGGAGUCAAGGCCAAGGCCCCAGGUGGAGGCGGAGCUUUCGCUGGAAUCCCAGGAGUCGGACCCUUUGGGGGCCAGCAGCCUGGCGUCCCACUGGGGUACCCCAUCAAGGCACCCAAGCUGCCAGGUGGCUAUGGACUGCCCUACAGCACUGGGAAACUGCCCUUUGGCUAUGGGCCGGGAGGAGUGGCUGGUGCUGCAGGCAAGGCUGGGUACCCGACGGGGACAGGAGUUGGCUCCCAGGCUGCAGCGGCAGCAGCUAAAGCAGCAAAGUUCGGUGCCGGAGGAGCCGGGGUUCUCCCUGGUGUUGGAGGCGGCGGCAUUCCUGGUGGGCCCGGCGCAAUUCCUGGGAUCGGAGGCAUCGCAGGGGUGGGGACUCCAGCUGCUGCAGCCAAGGCCGCCGCAAAAGCAGCUAAGUACGGAGCUGCUGGAGGCGUGGUGCCCGGUGGGCCAGGCUUUGGCCAAGUAGGCGUCCCAGGAGUCGGAGUCCCAGGUGUUGGCGUCCCUGGUGUUGGGGUCCCUGGUGUUGGAGUUCCAGGUGUUGGAGUCCCAGGUGUUGGAGUCCCAGGUGUGGGUGUACCAGGGGCUGUGUCACCAGCUGCAGCCGCUAAAGCAGCCGCCAAAGCAGCCAAAUACGGGGCCAGAGCCGGAGUGGGAGUUGGAGGCAUUCCCACUUUCGGGGUUGGUGCUGGGGGCUUUCCUGGUUACGGUGUAGGAGCUGGAGCCGGAGGGGUUCCUGGAGCCCCGCUUACCCCUCAAGCAGCAGCAGCUGCCCAGGCAGCCGCGGCCAAGGCAGCCAAGUAUGGUGCUGGAGGCGCCGGAGCCUUGGGAGGGCUGGUGCCGGGGGUCGGAGACGGAGUGGCAGGUGUCCCAGGCACGGGAGGGGUGCCAGGAGCAGGGACACCAGCCGCGGCAGCUGCCAAAGCCGCCGCCAAAGCCGCCCAGUUUGGGCUAGGCCCCGGGGUCGGCGUGGGUCCUGGUGUGGGUCCCGGCGUGGGUCCCGGCGUCGGUCCCGGCGUCGGUCCCGGCAUUGGUAUUGGCCCCGGCGGUGUUGCAGGAGCAGGGACCCCCGCUGCAGCCAAAGCCGCUGCUAAGGCAGCCGCCAAAGCCCAGUACCGGGCUGCAGCCGGACUUCCUGCCGGCGUUCCUGGCUUUGGGGUUGGUGCCGGCGUUCCCGGAUUCGGAGUUGGUGCUGGUGUUCCUGGGUUUGGAGCUGGUGCAGUCCCUGGAACCCUGGCUGCAGCUAAAGCAGCCAAAUAUGGAGCUGGGGGGGCCGGGGCUCUCGGAGGAGCAGGUGUCCCAGGCGGUGUGGCAGGAGUCGGACCUGCAGCCUCAGCCGCUGCUGCCAAAGCCGCCGCCAAAGCCGCCCAGUAUGGCCUCGGGGGAGCCGGAGCCCUGGGAGCCGGGGGGCUCGGAGCCGGAGGAGCCAUCCCAGGGGUUGGGGGCUUUGGAGGUGUGUCCCCAGCCGCAGCUGCUAAAGCAGCCAAAUAUGGUGCCGCUGGCCUUGGAGGUGUCCUGGGAGCCACCAGGCCAUUCCAAGUUGGAGGAGUUGCAGCAAGACCCGGCUUCGGACUGUCCCCUAUUUUCCCAGGUGGCGCAGCUGGGGGCCUGGGCAUUGGUGGCAAACCUCCCAAGCCCUAUGGAGGGGCCCUGGGAGCCCUGGGAUACCAAGCUGGGGCCUGCCUGGGGAAGUCCUGUGGCCGGAAGAGAAAGUGAGCGUCCCAGGACCCCUGACUCACGACCUCAUCAACGUUGGUGCUACUGCUUGGUGGAGAAUGUAAACCCCUUAUGACCCCUUCCC